AUGACCUCGGCCGAGAAUAUGGAACAAGGAACAGAUGCCGCCUCGAUUAAACCUGUCUCGUCCCUAAGAUCUCACUUCGAGGGUCUCAAAGUCAACCAGCCGCAGCCCGACACUCGCGGAAGUAUACCUACUUCUCCACAAGCAUUGAAGCCGAUCGACAGGCCCAGUCCCGUGCCACCCCAAAGGGCCUCUUUUGACCUAUCGAGACCAACAUCGCCAUGGACGGGUGUUGGAGGAGGAGGAGGACAUCCCAACUAUGCAGGGCCACAAACUCCCAUCAAGGGCACCGAUUCACCCCCGAAGCCUGGCCACAGACGGCCCAUGUCCAUGCUCUUGCAGUCUUCUCCUCAGCUUACUCCCUCGGUCAAGAUAGAUUCGCCGCGAUCACCUCCGCGCACAUUCUUUGAGCGGAGUUCGUCAAGGUCUCCUGAACGGGUGGACAAUACUCCGUUUGGGAAGGUGCGCGAACUCAUCUCCCAGCACUCAAGUCGCUCUUCAACCCCAGCACCUAGAGCCCCGAGCGCAGAUCGUUCCGAUAUGACGAAGACGUUGAAUAAUACACAUCCUGGGAAUGAAACACAAGAUGAAAAGCCGAAAGCCGGGCCACCGCCAGUCAAUCGAGCAGACAAGCCCAAGAUUCCUGCUAAGCCACCUGUGAUUGCUAUGGCUGGUGGUAAUGUAUUGAACCCAGAGGCUCGAAGACCUUCAUUUGAAGCACGAAUAUCACCUUUUAGCACACCCCCCAGCAGCGAUGAAAGCUCGCCAACCCGAAGCCCGGAGACGGUGCCUCCCUCAUCCUCGACCAAGUCCUCUGGGCCCGCACCAGUCCCGACCAGAGCUAUUCCGUCUCAAGUUCCCCCUCCUGAGGCGCUCCCUGCACGGUCAAAGGAUGCGCGAAUGUUUGGAUUCUCAAGCACGCCGUCGGCCCCAGAAAGGAAAGAUCCCAGGACCUUGGGGUUUACGGCCCCUGAGCCACGACCGCCCAGCCGCGGAUCGAAUUUACCAUCGAGAGCCAAUACCGUCUCAGAAAAGCCGACGAGAGAUCCUCGUGAGCUGGGCUUGGCGAACGGGAAACCAACACAGCGCCACGUCUCAGAGACUAUCCGGCACACACCUCCACCGCCUCCGGGCGCUCCUUCACAGCCUCCACCGGCAAAUCCUCUGCGAGAUGCUCGUCUGCUUGGCUUCUCUAGUGCCCAGUCAUCAGUGGUGGAGAAGAUAGCAGAAGAACCACACCCUAGUCUUCCUCCACGAAGAAACGUUGAACCUCCUCCGCGCCCGUCUAAUGAGUCUAAGAACACGACACGGCCUGUGCAACCUCCAAGCCAUGUCGCGACCCCGGACCGUUCUAAGAAGCCUUCAUCUGCUCAGCAAGUCUCACGGGCGCCCACCCUGCCUAUGGAACAGCAUUUCCCUCCACCACCGAAGCGUGCAAGCGUCGAUGAGCGGGUGCUUCACCAACCGACGCCAACACACAGGUCACAGAUAUUUGCUGGUGAUUUCACGAGGCGGGCGUUUGCAAAUGUAAAUGCCGAAGACUCUGAUGACGUAGAGGAGCCGGUCGAAGAGCCUACCACCUCCCGAUCUGAGUAUCCGGACGCUACUCAUACAAAUCGGCGGCCUCCGUUUAGUAAAAGCAGUCUGUGGGAGAUCAGCACGAAGUCAGAUUCAAGACUUGCUGAAAUCUGUGGACAAUAUCUGUGUACAGCCGGCUACGUGACUCGGGUAUUUGAUAUGUCAUCAGGCGAGCAGAUCAUGAGCAUCAACCACGGCGAGACCGUGAAGGUAACAGCUGUGGCAUUCAAGCCUGCAGUAGAUCUUGCAAAUGAGGGCACCAGACUCUGGCUGGGCCUGAAUACAGGCGAGUUAAUGGAGGUCGACGUUGCAACCCAUACAGUUAUCACCACCAAUUCGUCCCAUAAUCGUCGAGAGAUUGUGCGCAUACUGCGGAACAGGAGAGACUUAUGGACAAUCGAUGAUGAAGGGAAGCUUUUUGUGUGGAAGGCCGAUGAGACAGGCGUUCCCAAUCUGAAAUAUAGUCAUAUUUCUCACAAAGUCCCAAAGGGACAUACAUUCUCAGUGGCAAUCGACGGCAAACUUUGGUACGCUUCAGGCAAGGAACUGCGAGUAUACAAACCGGGCAAUGAAAGCUCAUUUACGGUUUUGACACUGCCACUGUCUCAACAUGGAAAUGGAGAUGUUACCUGUGGAACGCACUCCAAUGAAGACAAAGGAAGAGCAUAUUUUGGCCACAUUGAUGGACGUGUGUCGAUAUACUCGACCAAGGACUAUUCCACUGUUGCAAACAUCAAAGCCAGCGACUACAAGAUCAAUAGCCUGGCUUUUGUUGGAGGUAAAUUGUGGGCGGCGUUCAAAACAGGAAUGGUAUACGUCUAUGACACUUCCAGUUCGCCCUGGAAGACCCAAAAGGAUUGGAAGGCCCACGAAGGUCCCGUCACUCAACUGCUAUUCGAUCCCAGCAGUGUUUGGACCCUUCAACAGUUGCAAGUUGUCACUAUCGGACAUGAUAAUUUUGUAAGGCUCUGGGAUGCGGCUCUCGAAGACGAUUGGAUUGAAAUGGAGAUGCAGCGGCGCAGUGCCGAGUAUUGUGUGUUUCGCGACGUUCGAGCCGCCGUUGUGACCUGGAAUGUCGGUGCGUCUACGCCCGCCGACCUGCGAGAAGACUUCAUCACUGAUGCAAUUCACCCGAACGAUCCACCUGAGAUUCUGAUAUUUGGGUUCCAAGAAGUUGUUGAUCUGGAAGAUCGUACUGUGACCGCAAAGAGUAUUUUUGGAUUCGGCAAGAAGAAAGAUACGGUCAAGACAGAACAACACCAUAGCCGUGUCUACCGAGAAUGGCGAGACUAUCUCAGCAAAGUCAUCAGCCGAUCAACCAAUGCUCAUUAUGCAUACUCGGAACUCCAGCUCUCUAGCUUGAUCGGGCUAUUUCAAUGUGUGUUUGUCAGGCAAGGGGAGCGGCAGAAUAUCCGAAACUUGCAAGCUGCAAGUGUCAAACUCGGCUUGAAAGGCCGCUAUGGAAAUAAAGGAGCGCUCGUCACGCGUUUUAUAUUGGACGACAGCUCCAUAUGUUUCAUCAAUUGCCACUUGGCCGCUGGGCAGACACACACCUCACACCGAAACAACGAUGUAGCGACCAUCCUAGAGGCCGAAGCCUUAGACCCUGAACGUGAUCCAGAAGUGCGCAGCUCGAUUUAUAUCGGAGGCGGGGACGGCACUCAGAUCCUCGACCACGAAAUAUGCAUCCUCAACGGGGACUUGAAUUACCGCAUUGACGCCAUCCCGCGAGACGCCGUCAUCAACAUGAUCAAGCGCAAUGAAUUAGACAAACUCCUCAAACAAGACCAGAUUAUGGUUUCGCGUCGCCGUGUAUCAGGAUUCCGUCUGGCCCAGUUCGUCGAGUUACCCAUUACUUUUGCUCCAACUUACAAAUAUGACGUUGGAACAGAUGAGUACGACAGCUCGGAGAAGAAGCGCGCUCCCGCAUGGUGUGACCGGUUACUCUAUCGAGGUCCCGGACGGAUAGAGCAACUCGAAUACCGGCGCCAUGAGGUGCGAACGAGCGAUCACCGUCCUGUCAGUGGGGUGUUCAGACUAACUGUGAAGACCAUCGAUGCACAAAAGCGGGCGAAAGUCAAGGAGGAUUGCUUUGAGAAAUUCACCGAGGCCCGCAGACGCAUGGCGGAAAAGGUGAGUGUCGCCUAUCUGAUCACGGUGCUGGGUGUGGGCGAGCAGGAAGCUAGGCGGCUCAUAACAGCCGGAUGA